GAUAGUGAAUUUGGUAACUGAAAGUUUACCAGUGUUUAUUUCUAAGUGUUGUUUGACAGUUACUGCACGUGCAGAAAAUGAAAGUAGGAAUAUGUCAAUGUUGCGAUAGAAAUGGAAUGUAAUAGUUGUGUUGUAAAUAACAAUAUGUCAGAGAAAAGUGUUCAAGCAGAGAUAAUGGGGGCCGGUGCCUCCCGUGAAGGGGAGGAGUUAGUAGAUGAUCGUUAUGUGACGCAGUCUCAGACUGGUCCCGUAUCCGGGCCUCACUCGCCCCGUCAGAGAUCAGAACAGCGUCAGAUCAGCUCAAGAACCAGUAUGAAACAGUCAUCUAGAACUAGCAUGUCAAGAAAUGUUGAGGGAAUGGAGGAGCCAAUUAUUGGAGUAACAAAGAAUGGAUUUACAGUGGCAGAUCUAGCUAUUAUGGAAGGACAGUCUGUCAUAUUCAUCUGGCAAGAUAAUUCUGAGCCUGUGGAUAUUGUGCAGGUGAUACAUGAUGGAGAAAAGUUGAGGCCUGUGAUUGGUGGAUUCAGUGGUAGCUAUAACAACAGUAAGGGACAGUAUGAACAACAGUUUAAUUUGGAGGGAGAAUAUAAAUUUGCCUUGUCUGGUGUAAGAUGCACCCCACUUAUGAUCAGUGUGAGACGGAGGGUUGACCUUGUUACAGAGGUCACGGAUGAUGGUUUCACCCCUGACAUUAUAUAUAUUGAUCAAGGUCACAGUAUAAAGUGGCAAUGGAAGGGCUGUACAAGCCCACACUCUGUACAGGAAGUGAAAUAUGAAAUGAACAAAGCUUGCUUCAAACGCGAUAUCGAGUCAUCAGGAAAUGUAAAAACCGUGUCAGGAAGUUACAGACAUACAUUCCCUCGGCCAGGAUUAUAUUAUUUUAUGACAGAGAGUUCAGAGUUAGGGAAGCAACAUUACUGCGUCGUACACGUGCGCGAGACCCAGAGAGAAUAUCGUGUUGAGAUCAUGGACCGCUCAUACCAACCCAUGAUCUUACUGAUAGAGGAAGGUGACAGAGUCUGGUGGAGCUGGGAUAAGUUAAAGUGUAAGAAACAUCACAGUGUUUACCAGAUUGAGGCUCCAAGUGUUGACCAUGGAGAUGAUGACCCAUAUGUGCCAGUAAAAGAUGGAUUUCGGUGGACCACACCAAGUAAACAGGGACUGAUGUCAUAUGAGUUUUUCAAGGCGGGAGUGUACUACUUCUCCGACCAGAAUUUCCAGGAGGCGGCAGAAUAUGUCGGAACCAUUAUUGUGAAACCAAAACAGAAAGAACACUUUAUAGAACUAACUGAAAAUGGAUUUAAUCCAGAUUUACUGUAUGCACAAACUGGUGACAGAAUUUGGUGGACAUGGAAUGGGCAAGCUUGUAUCAACCAGAAAAAACCUCAGUUAUUUGCCAUCAUGGAAACUGAAUCAUGUUUAAACCCAACCUCAAGAAAAUCUUCUGCUAAGGAAGGUGAAGAAGUGUUCCAGUAUUUGGACGACGAAUCUCUAACUCUGUGUACGAAGGUCGGUCUAGCAACGACACAUUUCUCUACAAUCGGAGUCUACCAGUAUAGAAUAGCCGACAGUCCUGCCGACUUUAACACUUGUAGUGUAAUAGUGAACCCAGGACCAAAGAACCAUACCAUACAUCUGACAGACAAUGGGUUUGAGCCCAAAGUGAUCACAGUACGCCCAAAUGACAGAGUCUGGUGGGUGUGGCAAGGUGGCAAAAAAGUGCAUAAUAUUCUUCAGGUAUCACAUCAAGGAGACCCUAUAGAGAAAGGUUUCUGUAGUGGAGCCCCACGGGAAGCCCCGUCUGCAUUUGUUCAUCAGUUUAUUACCCCGGGUGUGUUCUACUUCUUGAGUCAUAGUCUACCAAAAAUAUUCGGAGCAGUCGUCGUGUCAACGCAACCUCAGGUACAUGAAGUGAAUGUAGGAAAUGACAUCAAACCUGACCCAGUCACGGUGAAACUUAACGAUAUUGUGUGCUGGAUAUUCCGCAGUAUUCGCAUGUACGAUGUUUGCCGUGUUGAAAGUGUGGAUCAAGUUGUUGGCAAUGGUAUUCAAGAAAUCACCGUCCCUCCAAGACGGUGCAUGAGUAAAGCUAUAACAAGAACUGGCGUACAACAUUUUUACAGCAAAUCUUUUGCUAAAGGAAAAGGAGGCAAAGAAAAUUACAUCGAUGACGUUAAACUAAGCAGUAUCCUGUGUGACGACAGAUUUGAUAACGCUGUUGUACGUGUAGACAAGGAUGGUUUCCACCCAGCCGUGUUCUAUAUACAGAAAGGUCAAAGUGUACUGUGGACGUGGAAGGGAACAGAGGAAGAAUCACAUAAUAUCAUACAUGUCAAAUCUCCCGACAGUGAUGAACCAUUAAAUGUGAUCCAUGGUGCCAAAUCAUUUAACAGUGGUAAACCAAUACCCAACAACAGUUUCCUGUAUACAUUUGAUGAAGAUGGGUCCUACACUGUGGCGUCGCAGGGAGCUCCAGGAUUCUACUGUACAGUGGUUGUCAUGGAUGUUGGAAUGAGAGUAAAGGAACCAUAUUUAGAUGGUGCAACUGGAGGCACUAUUGAGCCAGGUACCAAAGUGACCUUGACCUGUGAUACACCAGGAGCCAGAAUAUACUAUACCACAGAUGGUUCACCUGCUGAACUUCACAUUGAUUCAGUCAAGCUUUACAAACCAGAAAAGGGAAUAGUACUGUCCAAACCAGGACUGAGAUUUGUCCGAGCUAUAGCUGUAAAAGAGGGCAGGCUCAACAGUCAUGUACAUACAUCCGGUCGGUUCUGGGUGCUAGGUGACGAUGAUGAAGAAUCUGAUUCCUCAGAGAUGUCCGAGCCACAGACGGUUCCAAGACCAAAAACUUCCGCAAAGACAUGGGAUUGGUGGGGAUGUAUUCCUAACAUCAGAGCAUGCUUCACUACACCAGGCACCCUGGAGGUGUUCUGGGAGAAACCUGAUAGAGGACAUCUAGCUCUCAUCAAGGGCUACCAGAUAUUCAUGAAUGGUGUGACAUACUGUGACAUGUUUCCACCUAGUAACAACAGUUUGUGUGUUAGUGGAAUGGCAGGUGGCAGACUGUACGAGGUGGUGGUUGAGGUAUACGGCAAGAAAUCAGACUGUACCACACAGAAAUCUAACAGACUGAAGUUGAAAUGUCCACUAGUUACACCUGAUGGUGGGCCAGUUAUCUCCCUUGAGAGAACGGAGAAACAGGAUGCUCUGGCUAUAGUCUGGAUGUCUAUCGACCAACCCAAUAACCCAGUCUCAGGAUACCUGGUAUUCCUUAAUGACAAACAAUGUGGUGCUAGACUUGUACCUGACCCUGAGAGUAAUAGAUGUAAGGUGGUGAUAGGAAGCUGUGAGUUGGAGAAACCAUACAAGGUGUACGUUGUGGCUAUACCUGAAGAUAAAUCAAAAAAGGCAUCAGAGGAAGUUUUGAUGUCCAAUGUUCUUGAGGUCAGUCUGCCUCUUGAUACAUCUGAAAUCCGAUUACCCGUGCGUGAAGCCCGGUUAGACGAGGAGGAGCUAUAUUUAGAAUAUCUAGAGGUCAGCGAAGGGUCAGGCUAUUUACCAGCUAUGGACACCUCAAGGUCUUCAAAGUUGGAAGAAUCACGACUCUCACGAAUGUCACAUGGUUCACGUGUAUCCCGAGGGUCACAGGGUUCACGUUUAUCUCGUGGAUCACAUGGAUCCUCCAGUGGGCAUCCAGCUUUACAACAAACUUCUUCAUCCGACGAAUCUCCUCGCCACGAUCCUAAACCACGGGCUAUACCGUCACCUAAACAGUCUCGUUCUGAUAAAAGUCCCCUCCUACCAAAGGAGUCCCGCCCACCUCCUGUCAUAUAUGACGCCUCAAUUGGAGAUGAGCAGAGACAAAGGGCAGCCCCUGAGACAUCAAUUGAGGUGGAGGAAAAUAGAUACAGAGCACUAAAACCAAGGCGAUUUAACUCUCGCAGGAUUAACUUCAUCGGAUAUCGUCAUGGCCAACGUCAGAUCCUCUCCUCUAUUGAGGAUGACCAGAGUGUUAUGACCGAUGACAAUGAGAAAUCUACACAAACCUCUUCACAGACGGCCAACAAAUAUAAACCAGUACUUAACCACGAUUUCAUUCCACCCAGUCUUCAGGACAAAGGUGUUACACCUCGAGGCAAGAGACGUCUGCCUCCAUCUGAAAGUGAGUCAGAAACUGAGACCGAAACUGAAACAGAAACUGAAACAGAGACUGAGUCUGAAACAGAAACUGAUCAUCCUAGCAGCAUGGUUGUCAUGGAUGCACAGAGACCACAGGCUCAUACUGCUCAUAGAAAGAAGGAGAAGACACCAAGGACGCCAAAAACUCCAAAGUCUCAAAGAGAGUUUGAGACUCCAAGACAAAGGGGCGUGAGUAUCAUCAGAGAUGGGCGUGGCUAUGUUGAAGUAGAGGAUGAUGGGUCAUCAACAUCUGAACCAGAAAGGUCAUAUACUCAUCCGCAGACGACAAGUUUUGAGAAACCACGGAAACACAGGAAGAACAUGGCAAUUAUUGAGGUGCAAGAUGCAGUUGAGCUGGAUGCUAGGAGGAAUGAGGAGUCAAUGGAGGAAGAACGUCAAGUGGCAGUGCCAGCAGGUACAAAAGAAAGCAUGAGACAGAUUGAUGAAGGGCAGUUCAUCAGAAGUGAUGGUGAAGGAAUUCUUCCAGCUCCUUCCAUCAUGGUAGAAAGUCAUGGUAAAAAUGGUGUCAGUGUCAACUGGCAGUUACCAAAGCAACUAGAUCCUGAGUACCGUCUGCUUCUCUAUGUUGUAAAUGUGGUUGGUACCCGGUUCCAAGGAGGAAUUAAUAGUGAUAUCAGUUUUGAAUGUAACUUGGUCGAGAAGGGGAAACAGGUACGAGGGGUUCAACACUGCUGGAAUAUACAAGAGAAGUCUCGGUGCACCGUGAAUGGUCUGGUACCAGGACUUACGUACAGACUGUAUGUGAUAGCUAACUAUACCAUGCUUCACGGGCACCAGCCCUGCGAGAUACAGACUACAUCUUCUGUGAUAUAUUAUACGACAGUCGGGCCGCCACGUCCACCAAGGUUCAGGGUCGUCAGUGUUGAUAUGCAUCAGGCAUUGUUGGAGUGGGAACCACCCAGGAUGCACGAGGAGCUCCAACUAAAGGGGUACCAGAUAUAUGUUGAUAACAAACCUCUCGGCAACAUUCGUAACAAAGACACUCGUCAAAUGAUGAUUAACAACAUGGUUCCCGGCAAGACAUUAAGUGUUUAUGUUGUGGCUGUAACUAAACAGGCUACACAGGAGAGUGAACCAUCGAGGGUUCUACACAUCACGUGUCCACGACGACCACCAGAUAUAGUUGUUGCCCAGCAACCGUCAUACAGACAGGGCACUGUACUUAUAUCAUGGGAGAGACCUAAAGGCCACACAUAUGCCACAAAUGAGGAGGAUAUAUCCAUAUAUGGUGUUUAUGUUGAUGGAAAAUGGUACGGUGAAGUGAAGUCUAACAAGCUGGGAAACAAACAUGGCUACCAGUAUAUACUGAACGAUCUUAACCCUGAACAGAGCUACGAUAUCAGUGUCAAGGCUAUCUCAGGUUAUAAACGUAUUGAUCCGGAUGCCCAGCAUAUCUUCUGUCUUAGUGAAGGACCAAUGUCCAAUGUCAUCAAUGUGAUGGCCCCGGCAGCCCCUAAAUCACCCAAGUUGAGACUUGAAGGUUUGACCCCCGAGGGUAUUGAUGUCACAUGGCUGGUUCCACAACAGCACGGAGAGGCAGCUAUUUCGGGAUAUCAAAUGUUAAAGAACGGUCGUCUAUAUGGGUCAAUCAUCCCGCCAGAAGUUAACAGUCUACGUAUACGCGAUGUGUCGCUCGGGGAAAAAGUGGCGCUCCAACUGAUUGCUCUGACAGAACAUCCCGUCGGCAAGAUUGAUAAACGUACAGAGCUGAUGGAGAAGGAGAAUACUGAGGAGGCGGGAGCUGAAAAACAAAAGUUGAUUUUGUUCACUGAUGAUGUACAAAUGACCAGAAAACGUGAUGCUAAUGUUCAAACUGGUGACACAAAUGAGAAGAAAAUUGAAACUGACUAUGCAGAUGUUUUCGUUGGUGACAGAUAUGCUGGGUGCCGUCCUGGUGCCAAACUUGUUGUCCACUACACUGGACUAGUAUGCCCACCAUCUCAGGUCUGGUGUGAGCGUGUAACCGGACAUUCCGCUCUGGUUGUCUGGAACAGAGAUGAUGAGCCAAAAUCGCAUUUUAUCCGACCUGAGAGUUAUCAGGUGACCUGGUGGCCCGGAGAUAAACCGGAAGAUGAUAUUAACAGUGAUAGUACUUCAGAGGAUCAUCUGUUAAUUACAAACCUCCGUCCAGCCACUAGCUACACCAUUGUUGUAGAGGCAAGAAAAAUGGAGAAAUAUAAAGACAUAGAUGAAGAGGCGGAGACUAUGGGGCGUGAGACAGUGAGUGCCUUCAUCUUGACAGCUAAAUCAGACAACCUCCUUGUGAGAACUGCCCGCCCACCAGACCCGCCCUCAAAUCUCGGUGUAAUCUCCACCACAUGCUCAGCAAUAAAACUUGCCUGGGAUCCUCCCAGAGAACAUGGUGUUGAUGUUAUAGGAAUCAGAAUUGAUGCAGUAUCACUGAACACCGGUGAUCCACAUCACGUCUCUGUAGACGCUAUUCCAGAUGCUACAACUGCUGUUAUUCAAGGUUUACGUGAGAAGACAGACUACAUGACACGUAUAACAGCUAUCACCGAUGAGUACUUUGACAGACUUCCUGAUAAACAUCGCCUUAAAACAGCGCGCACCAUUCCUAAAGACACCAUUUUACCCGCGGAUGAUUCUCCUUGGUUACCAAACUCGAGCAUUUUAACCAAAACCUCCGGCACUGAGCCACCAGCUGCUCUGAAAAUAGCUAAAGCAUCAACAUCUUCAUUAAAACUUGUCUGGACACCACCCAUUGUGUAUGGCUCAAACAAGCUUCAAGGUGUUAUUGUUAGGUGGGCUGACGUUAAAUAUAACAAAAGGAAGGAAGAUGAUGAUUUCGUCGUGGCAAGUCACGUAAACUUGUUACCGACCGAAGAUACACUCGUAAUUGAGGACCUCACACCAGGAAACCAGUACAAGAUUAUUGUUGAAGCAGUUGUUAGUGUUAAAACUUCACUAGAAAAAGGUGACGACAGUGGCUCUGGGAUCGAACAAUAUCGUCGUACAGCUCACAUUAUGUCACGACCAUUGUACGCUCGAACACGAGCUCCAACAGAACCACCUGUCCUCUUGAUAACAGGUUAUACUCAAACUACCGCACAAUUAUACUGGGAGAAACCGUUACUGAUGUCCGUAGUUGGAAAAGACGCAGAAGGUAAACCACGUUACCUACGCAGGUACCUUGAGGGUUACAAAUUAGAAAUUAAUGGAAAGACAUACUGUCAUCUUGGUCCGUCAUCACAGAGCUGUCAACUUACAAAAUGUAAGCCAGGAAAACUGUAUCAUGUGACCCUUGUAGCAUUGACCUGUACAGAACAGGGAAAGAAGGAGAGAAAAAGAAAGUACAAAGGUGCGUAUAAGAACACAAACCCUCAGGACAUGGACUAUGGUUUAUUACUGGAAGAUGAAGAUAACCUGGAUGCUUCACCAUCGGAACCUCUCGAAAUUACACUGCCAAAGAACAUGGAUGGUUAUAUCCAUUCACUCGAUGCAUUUUUCACCCAUAACGAGGAUCGUGACAACAAGACAUUUGGUGAUGUUCAGUUACAAUGGACGACACAAGGUGGCGAGAAAUCGUUACUGAAACAGUUCAACAUUAUCUGGUACUCGCAUGAUGACCAUGUUGUCCAAACAAAAUAUGUCAGCUCGGACUUUAAUAAAUGUCAGAUUCCAGUUACAAGAUUAAAGAGUAUAUAUGACAUGGUUAUAGAACCGGCCUUCUUUACAGACACGUUACCACAGCAACCACAGAAUAUCCAGAUUAUGAUACCAGGACCACCUGACCCGCCUGAAAUCUUCUUGAAAUCAUCCAGUCCAGAUGAGUUUGUUAUAGAGUGGGGUGAACCAAGAUUGUAUGGGGGUGUCAGGGUUAGAGGCUAUCAAGUGUAUUUGAAUGAUAAAAAGGCAGGAAAUGAACUGAGCUCUACACAUAGGAAAGCUGUCAUACCUUGUAGACCUAACAGGCAUUACAAGGUGAACUUGGUGGCCCUUAGUGCUAACCCAGAAUAUUCUGACUCUGGUAAAUCAAACACACUUUCAAUCAACACUUCCCUGCACUCGCCACGCGAAGGAGAAGCACUUGAUGAGAUGACCUAUACUGAUGACCAUGACAUUCCGGUGAAGGUCACCAAGGUCAGUGAGACGUCUAUACAUUUAGACUGGGGCAACUUCCUGGAGACAGAGGGCAUUGGAUGCUACAAGAUUCAAUGGAGUAGUGUUGCCCAACCUGCGGAAAGAGAGGUUAGAUUGUCAUGUAAGGAUUCCAACUGUGUGAUCAACAAAUGUCUACCUGGUACCACACAUUUUGUGAGGUUACUUGCCCUUGAUGGUGAUGGACAAAUUAGGGAACGGUCUAAACAGAUGACAGUACAGACAUCAGCACCACCAGACGGACCUUGCUUGACUGUCAGGGCGUGUAAUUUCCGGUACAUUGCUAUCCAAUGGGAUAAACCAAAUACGUACGGUGAUGCUUUAAUCACUGGGUACAAGGUGUAUGUUAACGGUAUAGUCGAGUCUAUCUUGAAUGCAGACCAGCUUAGCUAUACAUACACACACGGCAAGUGGUGCCAGGAGUAUUCCUUCCAAGUUCAGGCUUUAACAGCAUUUGAGAAGAUGAACAGCAAACCUUCGGAACCUCUCGUUGUGGAGUGGCCGGGAACCAAGGCACCAAGUGUACAUAGACUGCCAACUCAUACAAGCUCAAACCUGAGAGUGGGUUGGGAGGAUCCGUAUGUGACAGACGGUGUGAAGGUCAAACAUUUCAGGGUUUGUUGUGUUGAGGAGGAUACAGAAAAGAUGGUAUCGAGCAUUGGACCAGUACACCCGGACACCAGGGAGGCCGAGUUCAAACAUAUCAAAAAGGGCAGCUACAAUAUCUACGUUGAAGUGCAUUUAUAUGGAACAAGUGAGGUGGUAUGUUCAGACUAUAUCCGGUUACAACCGGCUCCAGCACCGGAUGCACCAAAGAUCGCAGCUACUGUUGUAGGGUUUGAUGAACGUAGACAGAUAGAGAAGAUAACAUGUGAUCUAGUCAACAAAAGAGAUAGAUUGAUUCGUCAAGUUGGUCACAAGUUGAAGGAGAUUGGAGCUUUGACUCACCCAAUGCGUGCUGAGAAAGACCGUGAUGUCAUUGAAGCGGCUCACACGUUAACCCGGGUGGAGGAAGUGCUAGAAGAUUGUUUCUCUGCUCUGGAGAACUUUACUGGUGUGAAAACUGUCAGAAUAAAGCUUGGCACAGAACAGCCAAUGUACAAACUAACAAUGGUGUCAUUAACCGACAAGCCAGCGGCUGCAAGCGAGGAGUCAAACAGCAUUGAUUUGAUAUCUGAAGCAUUUAGACCUUUCUCCUUCUAUUGUUAUCAUAGUGUACACAGCAAGGGAAAAUGUUGGCCUGAUCAUGGAUGUUGCAAGUACCAGGACUCCAUCGGCUACGAACGUCAACUUGCUAAGAAACUGGCCAAUCAGGGUCUUUUGAAGAAACAUGUUCCGCCCCCGUCGUGCAGUCUCCUGGACAUCUUUGAGGGAGAGUACAAACCACUGUUACAGGGACACACUAGACAAUAUCCAACAGCAAUAUUGUUCUGGACACCAUGGUGUCUACCAUCGCAGAAAGUGAUGACCUACUUUUCACGGUUUGCACGUGAAACAACCAAAGAGUACAACUUUAUUGCUGUAUCAUGUAACACUAGCGGGAGCUCAUUGAGUGAGAGGAAAGAUCUUAUACAUAUGAUAACAGCUAAUGGAUGGAGAGAAGAUGGUUCUAUAUGGCACGCUACCAGUCAGUGUGCUUCGUCUAUAUAUGAGGCUACAAACCAUAUCUGGAAAAACACAACCGGAGGUAUUAAGCGUGAUGCUGAUAUAGAGACGGAGAGUAACGUAGAUCUGACCGAGCUGCUGGGUAUCGCAGGAGUACCAACCUUCCUGUUCAUUCAUCAAGAAGGUUAUAUAGCAUGGCAUGGUAGAUACAGCGCCUAUGAUUACGGUUCAUUCUCGGCAUUUAUGAGACACACAUUCAGCGAGGUGUCAGCCGUACCUUGUCCGGUAUUCAAGUGUGACAGCUGUAGAAAUGAUACAGCCAUAGAUGAUGAGGCUAUUUGGUGA